CUAGCCAUAACCACAUUGAAGGAUGAACAAUAAUAACAAUAACCUAUAACCUCAUUAUUGUGACAUAUUGCAAAUAUAAAACAAAAACGAUAUCUGCAUUUUCAAUUGAACUCUUGUGGUUUGUGAAAUAGUUCCUUCAUGUUCUUCCCUUAGAAAAUAUUCUGGGUUAUAAACACAAAAACUGUUCAAACUUUCACUUCUAGUCAGUUAAUCUAUAUUUCUGAAAUGAAAAUCGCAAUAGAAGGUUGUGCUCACGGCGAGCUAGAGAAGAUUUAUGACACAAUCAGUUUUAUUGAAGAGGAGGAGGACAUUAAAAUAGACUUGUUGAUCUGCUGCGGGGACUUUCAGUCAUCGAGAAAUGAGAAUGACUUGCAAUGUAUGGCAGUUCCACCGAAGUACCAGGAUAUAUGUACCUUUUAUAAGUAUUACUCUGGAGAAAAGAAAGCCCCUGUGCUGACGAUAUUCAUCGGCGGGAACCACGAAGCCUCAAACUAUUUACAAGAACUUCCUUAUGGUGGAUGGGUGGCUCCAAAUAUUUAUUAUUUAGGGUAUGCAGGUGUUAUUAAUGUGGCAGGUAUCAAAAUUGGUGGCCUUUCUGGCAUUUACAAAAGCAAAGACUACAUGAAAGGUCAUUUUGAGAAACCUCCGUACGAUGAGAAUUCAAAAAGGUCUGUAUAUCACGUCAGAAACUUGGAGGUGUUCAGGCUGAAGCAGUUAUCAAGCAAGAUUGAUAUAUUCCUUUCCCACGACUGGCCCAGCGAAGUGUAUAAAUUCGGGAACGUCCAACAGCUUUUGAAGCGCAAACGGCACUUCAGGGAAGACGUAGAGAAGAACGAGCUAGGAAGUAAAGUCUGCGAAGAUCUGAUGCAUUUUCUCAAACCAAAGUAUUGGUUUUCCGCCCAUUUGCAUUGCAAAUACGCCGCUUUGGUCAGGCACGACGAUGACACAGUCACGAAAUUUCUAGCCCUGGACAAAUGUCUUCCGAAGAGGAAGUUUCUCCAAGUGAUUGAUGUGAAAACUGAUGAGAAAUCCAAAGUAGAGAUCAGUUACGAUUUGGAGUGGUUGACAGUAUUGUAUUUGACGAAUCACCUGCUCUGGGUAAAAAACAGCAACACCUAUAUGCCAGGACCGGGAACUAAGGAAAGGUAUAAUUUCACGCCCACGAAAGAGGAGAUGAGCCAUGUUUCUGCAAGGUUUGACAGUGAUUUGCUGGUGCCUGAAAACUUUACUAGAACUGCCCCGGCUUAUAAUCCCACAAUGACCACAAAGGAAAAAGCGAAACAACCCGAACCUACUUUAAAUCCUCAGACUGUUUUGUUUUGCGAGAAACUUGCAGUGGAUGAUCCAGUAUCGCAAGUCUCCGAACUGGAUGGAACCACACUGAACAUAAGCCACAAUUCCACAAUGUCUUUCAUAGACGAUACAUUCGACAGCGACGAACACAACUCCUCGAACAGUUCUUCAAUAAGAAAACUUCUUAAUCUAAGCCUGCCGGAUCCCAAAGGUGACUUCGGCAAUGAACCGAAGCUAGAAGAAGACACCGAAGUGUCUUGCGAUAUCUCUUCCAUCGAAUCAGAAAUCGAACCGACAGAAAAGAGCGAAGACUCCUUUGUAGAAAUUGAGCCAGUAGGUGGUGCUCCAGUAGAGGAAAUAAGAGUGGAUGCCACUUCUGAAGAAUCUGUUACUGAAAUAGCUGGAAUAAAGGAUGAUUCUUCUAGGGAAUCAGUAGACUUGGUGAUACCAAACAAUUCUUUGGUGGUUGGUGAUACUUCGGAGGGUGAUUCGGUUGUUUUGAGUCACGUGGUAGAGUCAGUGGGACUGGGAAAUACUUCAAUCGAACCUUUACUAUUGGGAAAUUCUUCAGUCGAGUCGAUAGAAGUGAAAGAUGGUUCUGCAGAGUCAGAAGGACCAGAAGAUGCUUCAGUUGAGUCUGUAGGACCAGAUGAUGCUUCAACCGAGUCAGUAGGAUUGGGUGAUGCUUUGGUUCAACCAGUAGGAUCAAGUGAUGUUUCAGUUGAGCCAGUAGGAUUGGCUGAUGCUUCAGUUGAGCCAGUAGGAUUGGCUGAUGCUUCAGUUGAGCCAGUAGGAUUGGGUGAUCCUUGUGCAGAAGUGGUGAAUUCUUCACCUGGAUCAGCGGCCCAGUCAAGAGGUGAACCAGUAAAAGUGAGUGAUGCUGUUUUGGUUGAACCUACAGUCGAGACUACAGAUGCAAGUGAGGAUAUCAAAGAGAGCCAGGCACCAUUUCCUCCUAAGAAGCUCAAGAGAAGGAACUUGGCCCUUUAUAGAUAUAAUGAUACGUAGUUUGGAAUUUGAAAUAAACGUUUUUUUACA